CUCAAUAUGCCAGUUUCCCAUAUCCAUGGAUACUUGCGACAAACAGGUAGUGCUCAUCACGGGCUGCACCACAGGUGGCAUCGGCCACGCUCUGGCACGCGCUUUCGCCGCCGAGAACUGCCUUGUGGUGGCGACGAGCCGCUCGCUUUCGUCCAUGGCGGACCUGGACCUCGAUCCCAGGUUCUUCCUCCAAGAGCUCGACGUGUCAUCCGAUGAGAGCGUGCAACAUGUUCUGUCCACUGUCCUCCAGAGGUUCGGCCGCAUCGACAUCGUCGUCAACAAUGCUGGAGUCCAAUGCAUAGGCCCUCUUGCCGAGGUCCCUCUCUCUGCUUUUCAACAGACUUUCAAUACCAAUGUUUACGGUUCCAUUAGGAUGAUACAAGCUGUAGUUCCUCACAUGGCCUCCAGGAAAAAGGGAAAGAUUGUAAAUGUGGGAAGUGUUACUGCGUUGGGUCCUGGACCAUGGUCAGGUGUUUACACUGCAUCUAAAGCCGCACUACAUGCACUAACUGAUACAUUGAGAUUAGAACUGAGGCCUUUGGGGAUCGAUGUUAUCAAUGUUGUCCCCGGGGCUGUUAGGUCGAAUAUUGGAAAUUCUGCUAUAGCCAGCUACAAUCACAUGCCUGAAUGGAAGUUGUACAAGCAAUUUGAAGAGGCAAUCCGAGCCAGAGCCUACUUCUCGCAGGGCUUGAAAUCAACCCCUGCAGAAGAGUUUGCAAAAAAAACAGUAGCAGCCCUGCUGAAAAAGAACCCACCCUCUUGGUUCUCUUACGGCAAUUACUCCACCAUAAUGGCGAUAAUGUACCAUCUGCCGUUGUUUGUCAAAGACUUCAUUCUGAGGAAAGCAAUGAAAUGUUGAAAUUUUAGAUUGCAUAUCAAGUUUCUCGUAUACAUGUAUCUUUUUCCUUUUAGAAAUAUAUGUAACAAGACAAGUGUGAAAAUUCAAACGCCUAUAUUUUCCUCUCUGGCUUAAAGCCUUAUAAAAAUAAUGGCGGUUUGGGGUGUUA